AUGAACACAGUCAAAUCAGUAUACUACGGCUGGGCAACCCUAAUAGUCGCAGGCGGCGGCGCCUACUUCUUCGCCAAACGCAGCAUAAACGCAGACCGCGCCGCAAAAGCCGAAGCCGACCGCCAAAAACGCAUCCGCCUCUACGAACUCGAGCACGGCUUACAAAACUCCGCUCCUACCACCACACCGCUGAACCCGACCGCGAAACCAGGAUCCACACAGGCGGCGCCGCAGAGCGUGACGAGCGAGGUGGGCAGGCUGAGAGCGGAGGGAGGAGGGAAUGGGGGUAUGGGCGGCGAGGGCAACCCCAGUAUGCAGGCGAGUCAGGAUCCGGCGCCGACGAGACAUGCGCCUGAGAGUGAGGGGCAGAGGGUGGGCGAGAAGAGCAAGUAUGAGGCUCCGGAGGUGUAUCGGAGUCGGAAGGGGGAUCGGUUCUCAUGA